GCUACUCUCUCUCUCCUUGCUCUCAUUUGCUUCAGCCUUCAAGUGCAAGUGUGCAACUGCCUCUUCGUUAUCUCACGAGCAAUUACUGCUACUCGUCUCUCUUUCUCUUCCAAUCUCUCUCUGUUGCUUUAUGUGGAAAUGCAGAGGGAGCAAAUGGGAGUAGGAACCAGCACUUUUAUACUCAGAUGUGUCAACUUUCUCACCAUGCUUGUAGCUAUUGCUGUAAUCAUUUUUGGGGUGUGGAUGAGCACUCAUCAUGACGGUUGUCGGAAGUCACUUACUCUCCCUGUUUUAGGCCUUGGGGUUCUCAUCCUUAUAAUAUCUAUAGUUGGGUUCCUGGGCGCAUUGAAGAACAACUCUAUAUUGUUGUGGAUUUAUCUGAUUAUGCUAUUCAUCAUUUUGGUGGCAAUUCUGGUAUUCACAGUAUUGGCAUUUAUAGUAACAAAUAAUGGAUCCGGUCACAGCAUAGCUGGCUUGAGGUACAGGGAGUAUCAACUUCAAGAUUACAGUUCAUGGUUUCUUAAGGAGCUGAACAACACUCACAACUGGCAGCACUUGAAGAGUUGUCUUGUGAAAUCUGAAGAUUGCAAUAAUUUAUCGAGAAAAUAUAAGACUCUUAAACAGUAUAAAUCGGCAAAACUGACACCCAUAGAAGCUGGUUGCUGCCGGCCACCAUCUGAUUGUGGCUACCCUGCUGUCAAUGCCUCCUACUAUGACUUGAGCUUUCAUCCAGUUAGCACCAACUAUGACUGCAAGCUCUACAAAAAUUCCCGAAACAUCAAGUGCUACAACUGCGAUUCCUGCAAGGCUGGAGUUGCACAGUACAUGAAAACUGAGUGGAGGGUGGUUGCAAUCUUUAAUGUGAUCUUAUUUGUUACUUUGUCAAUGAUAUACUUCGUGGGAUGCUGCGCAAGACGAAAUGCCGCUAGAAGCUACUCUAAAGUUUGAGAAGAGAGAAGAUGGAUUUCUUAAUUUGGGAAUCGAUGGUUACUGACAUUUCUCUUCAUUAACCUUUGAGAGGUUUACCACCCUAGUGGUGUUAAAUUGCCAAUUGUUUGUGGGCAGAUGCCUUUUAUUAAAAGCAUUGCAUACAAUCAUGUGUAAAUGUCCAUCAUUCUACUGACAUGAUGUAAACAUGUUUGCGAACAUCUUAGCCUUCUCUCCUAUUCUCUUCUUGACAUCUUUUGUUAAUAUUGGUCGCAGGAAAAAGAAAAAAAAAAGGACUUGAUACGA